AGACCGGGUGUGGUAACUUGUGUGUCUAAAGUUUAGUAAUGAUGUUAGGUAGAGUGGGAAUUUUUGUAAAAAUGCUUUAUAAAUGAAAACAUAGCAAUGUAUCAACCUACAGUACGUGACAUCAGAGGGCCAUCCAACUUUCUGGUAGAUAAUGCAAUGAUGAAUACCAAAACUGUCGCCCAUAAUAAAGCGCAGUGCGCUAUGAUAGAUAGCUAUUUAGAACCAGGAUCUUUCUAAAAACAAAUAGAUACAGGUAAAGGUUCUCGUAACCUGUCCGGGUAGUAUCAGGACACACCAGUGGCGUCAUGGAUACAGGACACACUAAUACCUGGGAGGGGUGCUAUGUUUGAAGCUAAGAUGCUGACAACAGGAAUUUAAAACAUUACCCUCACAUCAAAAUCCCAAUUAAGUCAUAAUCGCUGUAGGGUUAAUUAAGUAUGGAUUCAGAAUAAUUCUCUCUGGCGGAGUUUACGGGCGUUUUUCUCCAUUUCUGCCCUUGCUGCUCAUUGGCUGUGGCUAAGGAGGAAGUACCACAAUCUGCUUUGCCACUCCUGAAAUAUUCCACUGAAGCGUAUUGAGGAUGUUUUCUGCCGCUGUCGGAUGUCUCACUGUUUCACGUUUAUAUACUUGAACAGAUGAGUAUGUGACUGAGAAACGAAUCACGCAGUUCAACAUUUCUGACUGGGUGUGUGUAGGAAUUACAAAACCGAUCACAGAGCAGAUCACCGAACAUCUCUGAACAAGCUGUAACAAGAAUAACCUGUUGUCUGAAUGCCCAAAAUGGUUUCUGGAGUUGUACAGAUUGUCCUGUUCUCAAUCCUUGGUAUAGGAGGAUUUCUGACGCUGUUUGUAAUGUACUAUCAAUCAGCUCCAUCUCAGAUCUGCCCUCCCCAGCCUGCUUUGCCACGUCAUUACUCAAAGCCAUCUGAGAACAGCUCCUUGUCUAAGAAGCAGCCAGACAAGCCCAUCAUGCUGUUGUGGUUCUGGCCUGAAAACCGCAGGUUUGAUUUUAGAGAUUGCACCACUUUCUUCAACAUUGAUGGCUGCCAACUGACAGAUGACCGGUCUCUGUACAACAAGGCAGACGGGGUGCUCAUCUUUCACAAAUCCAUCAAACAUGAUUUAUCCAACUUGCCUCCAUCACCUCGACCACCAUUCCAGAAGUGGAUCUGGUAUCAUGUGGAAUCACCUACAAACACAAUUAGGAUACCUGGUCUAGAGAACCUUUUCAACUUGACCUUGAGUUAUAGGGAAGAUGCAGACAUCCCUGUACGUUGGCGCUUAACUGCAAGGAAAGGUCAGGGUGAGGACUUUGUGCUGCCCAAGAAGGAUAAAUUAGUUUGCUGGAUUGUGAGUAACAAUAACCCUGCAACUGGAACAGCAGUAAGGGAUAACUAUUACAGAGAACUUGUCAAACAUAUUAAGGUGGAUGUCUAUGGAAAAGCCUUUGCAAGAUUCUUGAGAUAUGAGGACUACUUCUCAACACUCUCCAGCUGUAAGUUCUACCUCUCCUUUGAGAACUCAGUCCACAGAGACUACAUCACUGAGAAGCUUAACGGACCACUUGCAGCAGGAACAGUGCCAGUAGUAUUGGGCCCACCGAGACAGAACUAUGAGGACUUUGUCCCGGGAGAUUCCUUCAUCCAUGUUAAUGACUUUCCCAAUGCAAAAGCCCUGGCUGAAUUCCUCCUGAAGUUGGACAAGGAUGAUGAGGCAUAUCUGCGCUACUUUCAGUGGCGUAGAAACUUAUUUGCUCAGCAACAUCUAAUUCAACUGAGUCAAGAGUUCAUCCAAUCUAUUUGUUAUGCCUGUGACCAUGUAGGCAAACAUAAGGAGUACAGGGUUGUUCCUGAUCUUUACAAAUGGUACUUGGUUUAAUUAGCCUCUUCUGAUUAGCUAUUACCAUAACUGGUGUACCCCCCCCCCCCCCUGCCUGUUUCUGUUCAUUAGUCUUUUUUUUAGUAAAGUGAAACAAAGCUAUGUCUAUUUGUUGCUUUUCAUUAAAUCGUAUGGCUGUUACUUAGGCUUUGGUCUAAAAUACAUUCGUUUAGAAGGGCAGAUUUUAAGGCUUCUAUGUUGUAUUAUAGACUAACGAAUUUAUGAAAAUAAACCGUUCCUACGGAAAUAUUCGGACCUGGAAAAAGGCGACAUUUUUUCGUUUCAAUUAAAAAAAUAUACUCACAUGACAAUAGAAAUUGUGAUUUUAUAGACACAAAUUAUGAAAGCGACGGAGUCCAUCGAUUACUGCGCUCUCACCAUCAUCAAUAUCAUUAUUUACAUUUUUGAAAUUCACCAAAUAUAUAUAUUUUUAUAAAUACACAAAUAAAAACAUUGCGGUAUGUGUAAAGAGACAGUAAAAUAUUAUAUUUCUCAGAAGUUAUAUGUGUGUCAAAUCAUUCCUGCACCAACAUUGUUAGAGAUGGGUGUGAUUGGUACGUCUCUUCCUCUUCAAAUGCAUUAUGUGUGUAGGUUUGAGUGAGAGGCAAGAGAGAAAAUAGAGAAGGGAUGUGUCUGAUGAAUCAGGAAUCAAGGGCUUUGCACCAAAUAUCAACAUUUAAAGGAGUUUAUAUUCUGCUUGUAUAGUUGCAUCUGUGCCACGGACUUAGUCUGGCUUUAAAUGUCUUCAAAUUAACAAUUGAUAUGUUGGAUUCAAGACUACAUCUCAACGAAAAAUGAAAGACUAGGGAUAAAUCAAAUAAACUUCAUUUCAAGUUUGAUUUGAUUUAGUUAUAUUAUUUAUCUUGAUUUACUUCUUCAAUUGUUUAUAUUUGGUUGCAUUGACAACCAAUCACAAUUCAAUAUAAUUUUUGAAAUACAUAAAUAGCCUAUUAACGUCUCCAAUUUAACCCAAAAUGUUAAAGAAUGGGAUUAAGCCAGAUGGAACUAUCCAAGCGGUAGAUACAGUACAUUUCCUUUUAAAUGUUGAUUUUUGUUUACGUUGUCAAGUAAACAAAAUUCUAUAUUACUUUUGUAAUCUAGUAAAUAGCCUAAAGUUAAAGCUGUCUUACAAACUAAUCUAACAUUCAACCUUACAGUGAGGAAGACAUCCAUGGCCACAUUGAGGUUUCCCGGAACUAUACAUUAUAGAGUAAUAACGCAUACAUCUGUUUUAUAAAUCAACACAUUAUCUGGCAUUGUUUUUCCAUUUAAACGUUUAAAUGGUUGAAAGCACAGUGAUAGACAUUUAGAUGAAAACUAAACCAAAAAAUCUGACAUUGUUUUUCCAUUGGUAUUUGGUUGUGCUAUUAAUUACACAUUAGACAUUUAACUAACUUUUGGCUUUUUGAGUAAGUGAAUAAAUCUUAUAAUCUCAUCGAUCAACAUCACUCUCAACCAUAUCCAGGUGGAAAUGACGUGGUGUGCCCAGUGAGUAGAACCUGAAAGCAUUGUGGAUUUGUUUCCUAAUCAUGCUCUUCAUAGUUCAGUGAAAAUGCCAAUGUUUACAAAUAACUUUCCUGACCUCAUUCGACAUGUAAGCAAAUAGUUCCUGGUUUAUAUUAUAUUGUACGCUAAUUAGCAAUGAGUUCUCCAUAUGGAAAAUUGACUGUAUAUCGAUAUUAGUACAAAAUAAAUUGAUAGACCUAAAAUGAGGCCGUAUAUCGUUAUAUAAAAUGUGCGACUGCGUGAAUGUUCCCUUUUCUGAUCACUUCCAUGUCUCCUUAAAGUCGAGACAGCUGCUUGUUGAUUGUCCACCAUCUCUCUAUGUGUAGUGUACAAUAUGCAGCUUCAGCAUAUGGCGCGUGGAGAGAGGAAUUAUUAUUUAUUUUAUUUUGUAUUUUAUUAGGAUUCCCAUUGGCUGUUGGAAAAGCAUCAGCUACUCUUCCUGGGGUCCACACAAAACAUGAAAUAUGACAGAACUUUAAUAGACAAGGUCAGCUCAAGGACAGAACUACAUACAUUUAAAAACGGAACUCAUAGUCUACACAUUGUUUUACCAUCAAUACAUACAGUGCAUUGUGAAAGUAUUUAUUCUCCUUGACUUGUCCCACAGCUGAAGUAAACAGUGUGAAACUGGUCAUGUGAUCUCCACACCUGGCCAAGAAUGUGUUCUUGCCUGGAGCUGCAAAACUGGUCAUACAAGUAGCUGUCAAGAUCAGGUUUCUAGAUCCCAGGCCAACACACUGACAAGGUUCUUUAUCUCAAGAUUCUUGGGGGGUUUCAUACAAGGAUACUUUAUGGAGACAUACAGGAAUGAAAUGGGCAUGAAAGGUGGUGGAAUGGUAGUGGUUUUGAAACAGCAGAAACAGGUAAUGAAUACACUGUACAUACGAUAGCACAAGAGCAGUAAUACCAUUAAGAUACAAGUGUAUAAAUGUACAUGAGACCUGUGCAUAUAACAACACAGGUACAAACAGAAGCAGUAUACAAUAUGAAUAUGCAAUAGUUUCAUUCCAAAACACUGUAAAUCAAUUUUCAGAAAUGAUGGUGAAUCUGCUUGUAUUGUUCAAAGAAAUUAUGAAAGCGAUUGGUGUGGGGUUGUUCAAUGACAUGGGGUUGUUCAAUGACAGACAUGUAUUUGUUUAAAAUCUACUUGAUGGUUUCAUUUCAGAGAGACAAAUAAUCAUGUUACUUUUGUUGCAAAAUGUUAUAUAUGGUUGAUUUAGAAAUACGGGUCCUUUUGGAUGUUAAUUGUUUGUGAAAAUGAAACUUCUUUAAACUGCUUUAUAUCUAUCUGAAUAUUUUCUCCACUCUGUCUGGAAUCAAGGUCUAAUAGUGUCUGAGACCAUUCUAUUUAAGAAUAUACUUUUCUUUAGGGGGAAAUGUCAUUACCACCACAUCCUAAAAUGUGUUAUUUUAGUUGAAAAGACUAUUACAGAAAUUGUGAUGUAGGCAUUUUAUAUAACAUGAUUCAUUUUUUUUUCAGUAUGUUUUUUUACUAUUUGGAAGUUUUCUUAAUAACAUGUAUUCUUCAUUGUCAUGUCUAAAUGUCCAUAUAUGCCUUGAUGCUACUCAGAAACAUGUAUUUACCACAUCAAAUACGACAUUUUUUACAUUAUUUUAGGAAUUAUCUUAAGAACAUGAAUAUAAGGUUCACAUAUGGGAAAAAUCAUCAAUAUCAAUUUUAAUUGUACACCUUUUCCCUCAAAAAUAUGUACCGUAAUGAUAAUGACUUAGCGUUAGCGUAAUGACUGUCACGACUUCUGCCGAAGCCGAUGCCUCUCCUUGUUUGGGCGGUGCUCGGCGGUCGACGUCACCGGUCUUCUAGCCAUCAUUGAUCCAUUUUUCAUGUUCCAUUGGUUUUGUUUUGUCUUCCUACACACCUGUUUUCAAUCCCAUUCAUUACCUGCUGUGUAUUUAACCCUCUGUUUCCUCUCAUGUCCUUGUGAGAGAUUGUUUGUUGUUCAGUAUCCGUGUUGUUUGUAUUGGUGCGCAUGGUUUUGGAGUUAUGUUUGUUUUCAAGUUAUUAAACAACUCCAUCCCACUCA